AGCCCUCGGGAUUGGCUCAUCCUUUUCUAAUUCGGUCUCAUCUCGUAAGCGCCAUCUCUUUAGCGCGUGCUUAUGGUAUUUCCCUCUGGUCACUAAAUGCGUGUACAGUUGACUUAAACUUCAUAGUUCAUACACCCAUAGACCGACGCUUUCCUCUUUCUCUCAUUGACUAUCCGAUCAAAAGUCGACCGAAAUGGAUGGAGUCGCGCUGAUGGCGGCCGUAGGGGGCGGCGGCGCCGGCACCGGCAACGGCGGUCCGGCUCCUUUCCUUCUGAAGACGUAUGAAAUGUUGGACGACUCGAACACCGAUCACAUAGUGCAGUGGACCCCGAGCGGCCAUAGCUUUGUUGUUUGGAACCCUCCGGAAUUUUCGCGUCUUCUCCUCCCGACCUACUUCAAGCACAACAAUUUCUCAAGCUUCAUUCGUCAGCUCAACACCUAUGGUUUCCGGAAGAUUGAUCCUGAAAGAUGGGAAUUUGCAAAUGAUGAAUUUUUGAGAGGCCAAAAGCAUCUCCUAAAGAAUAUUCACCGCAGAAAACCCAUUCAUAGCCAUAGUCAUCCUCCAGGUUCUGCAAUAGAUCCAGAGAGAGCUGCAUUUGUAGAACAAAUUGAUAAGCUUACUCUUGAGAAGAGCACACUUGAGGCCAGCAUCUUAACAUUCAGACAGCAACAUUCCACAGCAAAACUACAGGUUGAACAACUAACUCGGCGGGUUGCUAAUAUGGAGCAAAGACAAGAACAAUUGUUGGGAUACUUCAAAAAGCAUAUCAAUAAUCCUAAAUUUGUUGAAUGCCUUGCUAAAAAACUCGAGUCCAUGGAUUUCUCAGCAUAUACAAAGAAAAGAAGAUUACCUCUAGUAGAAGAGCAUUCGUCACCUGUGGAUGAGACUAUCUUGGGAGACAAUCAUAGCAGUUCUAGACCUGAGUUCGGUAACCAAAAUUUCUCAGAUAAGCUGAGACUGGAGUUAUCUCCAGCUGUUUCAGAUGUUAUUUUCCUUUCUCAUAGCACUCAAAGCUCAAACGAAGAUGGGAGCAGCAGUCCGCACAGGGUAGUGUCUGAAGGAUGGCCAAUUGAUUUGCAAAUAAGAACUGCUCAUGCUCUAUGUGCCCCAGAGACAGUGGAGCUUUCAGAUACAGGAACAUCAUUCACACUGAAGAUGGACUCAACUUCAACUAGUAAAGCAAAUGGAGUUGCUUGUCCGAGGUUGAACUCAUUUCAAAAUUCAUUGACUUCUAAUGAGGAAGUUGAUGACCAGAUUUGCUGCCAUUUGAAUCUUACUUUAGCAUCUUCUUCGUUGCAAGUUGACUGUAAUACACAGUCAGCUAGAUUACCACCAACAAGCAAUAUGAUUGGAUGUUCAGAGUCAAGAUCCGGCAUACACGGGAACCCUAAAGAUCAUAACAUUCAACCGAAGUCCAAAAACCUUUCCAUUGAUGACGACUCCAAUAAGUCUUCGGCUUACGAUCCUGCAUCAGGUAAGAAGCAAGGAUCUGCUGCACCUCCAGCUCGAGUGAAUGAUGUGUUCUGGGAGCGGUUCCUGACCGAAAGGCCAGGUUCUUCGGAUAAUGAAGAAGCAAGCUCUUCUUGUUCCCGAGUAAUCCCCUCUGACGAGCAAGAGGAUAGCAAAUCAAAUCAGGGAAUGGCUAAAAACACAAGCAAUAUGGACAAACUUACUCUCUAAGAAGGACGUCCGAAGAUGUAAAUUGCAGUGCAGAUAAUCAGCUUUAUUUAGUGCAAACGCUCCAGACAUCCGUUUGCAAACGACAGAGGCCAAAUGUUGGGGUGAAAACCAACGGUAAAUACCCUCAUUGUUCCAACGUAACUUCUUUGGCUGCUUCUUGAGACUGCAUUCCAGUACCACAGAUAUGCUUAAGUUCUAUAGGGGUUUAUAUUUCUGUACAGGCUUGACCAUCAUUUUGAAUUGAUCUAAAUUUUAGCAAUACUUUUAUCUCUUGUUACCUAACUAUAUACAUUUUCAGAUGUUAACUGUGUUUUUAUAGAAGAAGGUAACCCGGCUGGCUACCCGUUAUCUUACGUUGCACAAGUAAUAUAACUUUUUACCAUUC